AAAAUCUGUAUUAUUGUUUUGCGGAUACCAAGACACGCACAAUAAAGCUAUAAUGCAUAAAGUGUUCGUUCUUUGUACUGUUCCACAUAAAGUCUGCUCAUGUGCAGAGAAAAGCCGAACCCCUCCCAUGCCACACGGGUGACUCAGAGCACAGUCUGCAGCAACUUUAUCUGUAGUGUGACAGCCCGAGUCCGGGACAAUGCACUCGUUGGGAAUAUCUGCUGAAACCAGAAGAAACAAAACCUGCUUUUAAAGGCACGAACAAUCUGGCUAAAAUGAAGCGUAUACAUGUCUUCUUGCUGAAUGGGCUUUACGGCAUUUAUGCAAUCUGCCUGAUAUCAGCCUUGGCUGCAAACCCGUGCAAGGUCACUCAAGAAAAAGCAGACUGCAGUCAUCACAAACUGUCUGUAAUACCUUCUGACCUUCCACACACAAUUAAAGUGCUAGAUCUUUCUCAUAACCAACUCAAAAAACUGCCAGCUGCCAAUCUCUCCAUAUAUAAUCAACUCGAACAACUUGAUGUUGGAUACAAUACCCUUCAUUUAUUUGAACCGGAAGUGUGUCAGAUCCUGCCUCUUCUUAAAAUUUUAAAUUUUCAACACAAUGAAUUUACUAAGAUUUCAGAAGAGUAUUUUGUUUCAUGCACAAAUCUGAAUGAACUCCAUUUGAACUACAAUGGGAUAACUGCUAUAAAUGGAAAUCCUUUUGAAAAACUAGAGAAUCUGACUGUUCUCAACAUGUCCCACAACAAACUAACAUCGACUUCAUUAGGAGACCGGCCUCAAUUGGCAAAUCUUAAGGAGCUUUUACUGUUUUCUAAUAAAAUUGCUGUGCUGAAGGAUGGAGAGCUUGAAUGUCUGCAUAACACAUCACUACAGAAGUUUGAUCUCUCAUCGAAUCCAAUAAGAGAAGUGAAUCCAAACUUUUUUCGUGUGCUAAGAAAUCUUCAGGCCCUUAUAAUGGUGGAUAUGCAGCUGGGCCCUAAACUUGUUGAGCUAGUUUGUUCACAAUUAGGAGGCACCGGAAUCCAGAUGCUGUUAUUAAUUAAUGUACAACUGUCAAAAGUACAUAAUACAACAUUUAGUGGAUUAUCAGACACAAAUCUGACAUAUUUGGACAUCUCUAAAAACAGCAUGUCCCAGAUAGAUAAAGACGCAUUUGUCCACCUCCCUCAUUUAGAGAUUUUAAAUUUGGAAAGUAACCAAGUUACGGUUUUAAAUCAAUACACUUUUCAUGGUUUGUCGGGAUUGAAGACUUUGAAUUUAAAAAACACUUUGAAAGAAUCAAAAAUUGAUGACCUGUCCUUUCAGUGGUUAAAGAACCUUGAAUACCUCAAUAUAGAAGGCAACAAAAAUUUGAUCUUUACAGAAAAUACUUUUACGGGGCUCACAAGUCUGAAGAAUUUGAGCAUGGUAAGGUGCUCCAUAAAUUUGGAGAUUGUUACAAAUAAAACAUUUAUAUCCCUUUCAAAGUCUCCUUUGCUGGAAUUAAAUAUCUCGGAUGCUGGGAUUGCAAAAUUAGAAUAUGGAGCAUUUUCUGGUCUAAGACAUCUUCAAGUCCUUGAUUUGGGUUUUAACAGAAUCGACCAGGAACUUACUGGAGAUGAAUUUUUAGGUCUCUUCCAAAUCAUACUGAUAUACUUAUCUUACAACAAUCACAUAACACUGACACGUAAUUCCUUUAGUUCAAUUCCAAGUCUUAAGAAGUUAAACCUCAGAAAAACUAAACUUACAUUUAGAGAUCUCAAACCAUCUCCUUUUAAAGGCCUACAAAAUCUAACCCAAUUGGAUCUGGGCAACAACAAUAUUGCAAACAUAGAGGAAAACCAAUUCAAAGAUCUUUCCAGUCUCAGAAUUCUCAAUCUACAGCACAACAACCUGGCUCGAUUAUGGAAAAACGCUAACCCAGGAGGCCCAGUUUUGUUUCUAAAAGGAUUACAUAAUUUAGAAAUACUCGACCUGUUAUCUAAUGGCUUUGAUGAAAUACCUCCAUCAGCUUUUCAAGGACUGUCAAACUUAAGGAUAUUGAACUUGGGAGAAAACAAUGUAUAUAUUCUUCCCAAAUCUUUAUUUGAUGAUCAAAUAUCUAUUUAUCAGUUAGAUUUGCAUAAAAAUCUCAUAACAUCAGUUGAAAGACAAAUGUAUGAAAUAGUUUUCAGUAGCAUUAAAAUAUUAGACAUGAGUGGAAAUCCUUUUGAUUGUACUUGUGAAAGCAUAGCUUGGUUUGUAAAUUGGAUUAAUACAACUAAUGCUACUAUACCAGGCUUGGAAACUCAAUAUAUAUGUAAUACACCACGCAAAUAUCAUGGAAUUUCUGUUGAACUCUUUGACAACUCGCCCUGUAAGGAUACAGGACCUUUAAAAAUGUGUUUUAUAUUCACAUUCACGUUGACAGUCUCUUUUAUACUUAUAGUUUUUGUGAUAAAUUUCCAAGGGUGGAGAAUACAAUUUUAUUGGAAUGUUUCCAUGAAUAGAAUUCUUGGCUUUAAAGAAAUUGAUCGAAAAAGAGAGAACUUUCGUUAUGAUGCUUAUAUAAUUCAUGCCAAAAAGGAUAUGCCAUGGGUUGACAACAAUUUGAUACCACUUGAAGAGGACAAAGUCUUUCCCUUUCAGUUCUGCUUUGAGGAAAGAGAUUUUGAAGGUGGAAAAUCACAACUUACAGAGAUUGUCAACAGUAUAAGAAAAAGUAGAAAAAUCAUAUUUGUGAUAACGGAGUACUUCCUGGAUGAUCCUUGGUGCAGGAGGUUCAAGAUUCAACAUGCUUUUCAGCAAGUCAUCGAACAAAGCCGUGACUCCAUAAUACUUAUCUUCAUUGAUGACAUUCCGGAUUACAAACUGAAUAACAGCAUACAGCUUAGAAAAGGGAUGUUUAAGUCUCGUUGCAUCUUGAAUUGGCCAGCUCAAAAAGAACGGGCCAGCGCAUUCCGUGAAAAGCUAAAAAUUGCCCUAGGAUCAAGCAACCUUGUUAAAUAAUUCACAUUUAGAGAAAUGGUGGUUACUAUGCCUUAACAGAUUUUAGGUUUGUAAAAAAUAAAUGUAUUUUAACAGAAAGCUAUGUAAGGUAUGGAACAAUUACUGUAAAUUGCCAGAAAGCUAGGAAAAUGACUUAUGCCCUCAGGAAUUUAGUGAAUUAGUUAUCAAUGUAUUAGCCAAAAUAUACAGCUACCAUCGUUUAACGUUCUACUUUUAAGUUUUUUACAUUUGUAUACUAUAUUUAUUUGAGGUAGACUUUUACAUUUGGUUUCAAAUUAAUUGCAAUUUGUCUGAAUUUUGGGAGAUCAAAGGGCCAUCCAAACUCCAUAACUCUGGAAUGCCAUACGACAUAUUACGAAACAAUAUAAACAAACAUUCGACUAACAGUUUAAUUGGUGUCAUCAUUUGGAGUUCCAUUAGUGGUGUCAAAAAAAAGACAUGAUUUAUGGGAAAAUAGAUGACCGAUGGUUAGAAGAGAACCACUAAAUGUUUUGGUUUUUUUCGUUUUUCACAGAUGAAGUGAGAAAUGACUAACACAUCUUCAUUUAUAUAUUUAGAAAGUAUAUAAUCUAUAAAUAUGGAUUUUUUUGUGCUCUCCAUUUUUCUCUACUGGUUACAUUUUCUCACUUGAUCUGUGAACCAAAAUGUGGUACAGUGUUAAACAAUAUAAACAAUCUCCAAUAGGAGAAACUGUGCCCAAUAUUAAGCGAUUCAGGUGACUAACAUUAAAACAGCAGCUCUAAAGUUAUAAGUGACGCUGGAAUUAUGCCUAAAACAAAUUGGUUAAAGAAUGUUUAUGAUUUGUUUAUGAUCAGUGCAAUUUACAAUAAUGGAGAGUGUUUACGUUUAAUUUAAGACGCACAAGGUUUUUCAGUAAAGUGAGAAUUCAAGGUAAAUUAAAAAUUUAAGGUAAAAUUAGCUGAAUGGAAAAAUUCUCUAAAUCUGCUAUAUUUUCAGUUAAGCUUCUCUGGCUUUAGAUUUGAAAUUCACACUGAAUUAUCUCUUGAGUGAAUAACCCUGACAAUGUAACUAUUGAUGCUGAAAAGUUAAAAGCUGUAUUUUUUUUAUAUUUUUUUUGGUUUUCUUAAAUUAAACAAAAAUGUUGUACACUUUUAAAGUAUGGUGAGAGGAAUGUAUCUAUGCCCUUCGAAUAAGUUAUGUCAUCACAUUCAGGGAAAAGUUGAAUACUGAAGGAGAUACAGAUUGUGGUUUGUAAUGCCACUUUAUUGAAUGUUUUAGUAAUUUUAGACAAGUUUAAUUGUG